GAAAAAUCAUUACGAUUUUUGAUGUUUUUUCAAAUGGACCAGAUAUCAUUCGACAAAUGGGGGCGCUAUUCAACGUGGACGGUCUUGUCAUCGCUCACUUCAGGUCAUUUCAGGCACGUAUAUGAUUAAACUACGAUUUUCUGAGGAUCUAGUUUGGAUUCUCACGUUAGAAAUACUGUUUUAGUGAGUUACCAAGAAAAUGAGUUCGCAGAAAGGGAACAUGAAGAAGAAGUCUCAAAAGUAUCAGAAUACAAAAGCGUUUAAAAACGACUUGCAUGAUACAAGUCGAAAAAUGAAAGCGUUGAAUCAAAUGGUCGUAAGCGGCGUGUGUUCUCGCUGCCGAGAGCAGAUUGAAUGGAAAAUUAAGUACAAGAAGUACAAACCGCUGACGCAACCAAAGAAAUGUGUUAAGUGUGAACAGAAGGCAGUCACCCAAGCAUAUCACAUUAUGUGCAAACCAUGUGCCACUGCUGCCAAGGUCUGCGCCAAGUGUGGCAAGAAUGACAUUGUAACAGAACAGGGAAUGACACCUGCCGAGGAGGCACCUCCGGCUAGCCAGCUCCAGACUGACCUGAGACAACUCACCGAGAAGCAGAGACAGUCCUUUUUCCACUACCAGGCCAAGGGCUGCCCAGACGAAGGAGACGGGAGUACUCCAAAGGAGGCACAAUGCAUGAGCAAGAGUCAGGAGUUGGAUGAUGAUGAUGGUGAUGAUGGUUUUGAUGAUUAUGAUGAAUCCAGGGAACUUGACGAGGCAGAAGAGGAGUUGAAUGACAGGACUUGCAGUACAUGAUGAGCAGUUCAUCAAGAAUCAGAUGGAAUGCGAGGACUGGCAUUGCUGUUUCAGGCUAGGAAUUUGGCAGAAGUCACGGAUAUCAUGGCGUCAUUGUCCUGAUGCUGUGCUCCCUUGUAGUUAUGCAACAGGCAUUCUUGUGCUACAUGUAGUAUGGAGGGCAUGAACCUGCCUUAACAGACGUCCGUUCCAGAUAUGACUGCCUUGUACCAAGACCGUCAAGACUCCAUCAAUAGCUUUGAAUAAAUGUGCCGGAUUAUAGUGACGGAGAACAUUCAAGGAAUUGAGUUUACGUGGAUGCAACUAAAUCAGUCUAAAAUUCUUUUUAAAAGAUGAUGAGUUUCAAGGCCAUUUUAUGCUGAGGGGAUAUCACAUUAACAAUUCAGUUUGUAACAAGUACCUAUAGAAAAAUCCAAAAUUCCAUCUUGUUUUUGUACGCCCAUUUAGAUGAGCUUGCAUAAAUGGUAUUGCCUAACCCUGGGGCUGUGAAAAAUGAUAUAGAAAUUCGACGAUUCAGGACUCUUAGAGUUCUUUCUUUUAGGAUCUGUCUGCCAUCGUUGGCUUUGGAAGAUUUUCCAUUUCCUGGAACAGGCAUCAACAAUAAAUAAGUUACAUCAGACGAGGGUCACUGUGAUCUGAACAAAUCCAUUUUAUUGAUCAAUGCGAUGUGGCAGUUGUCUGAAGCACACGAAAUAACACUUUGCACAUUUAUUUUCAAACUUCA